CACACACACGCCCCUUCCAGAGCCAGAGUACAGUCAUGAUCCAAAAUCAGUACCAUACAAUGGAAGUAGGUGAGUAAAUUAAUUUAUCUAAAAAGGCAUAUAUGGAAUUUAUGCUCUUGCUACUUCAAAAUAUAUUCUUAUAUGGGCUUUAAUUACAGAGAGAAAUUUAACAGCUCAAGGGUUAGUAAAAAUGCAAAAUGGAAUUUUUGUGUUUUUAGACACAGUACUUCUGGUUAAAUAAUUCAGCUUUGUUUUACCCAACAUUGUUUCAUAGCAACACAUUCCCCUCACUGCCACUUCAGUAACUAAUCGGAAUCCCUUAUACACAGAAGCAUAUAAGCAAGCAGCAUGCAGUUCAUCUGGAAUUAACCACAAUAUACAAAACAGGCUUAUGCAAGCAAAGAUCUGGAGGAGCAAUUGCGGUCCGUGUCCAGUGUAGAUGAACUCAUGACUGUCCUCUACCCAGAAUAUUGGAAAAUGUACAAGUGUCAGUUAAGGAAAGGAAGCUGGCAACAUAAUAAGGAACAGCCCAACCCCAACUCAAGGACGGAAGAGACGAUAAAAUUUGCUGCAGCACAUUAUAAUGCAGAGAUCUUGAAAAGUAUUGAUAAUGAGUGGAGAAAGACUCAAUGCAUGCCACGGGAGGUGUGUAUAGAUGUGGGGAAGGAGUUUGGAGCAGCAACAAACACCUUCUUUAAACCUCCAUGUGUGUCCGUCUACAGAUGUGGGGGCUGCUGCAACAGUGAGGGGCUACAGUGCAUGAACACCAGCACAGGCUACCUCAGCAAGACGUUGUUUGAAAUUACAGUGCCUCUCUCUCAAGGCCCCAAACCAGUAACAAUCAGUUUUGCCAAUCACACUUCCUGCCGAUGCAUGUCUAAACUGGAUGUUUACAGACAAGUUCAUUCAAUUAUUAGACGUUCCCUGCCAGCAACACUACCACAGUGUCAGGAAGCCAACAAGACUUGCCCCGCAAAUUACAUGUGGAACAACCACAUCUGCAGAUGCCUGGCUCAGCAAGACUUAAUUUUUUCCUUGAAUGCUGGAGACGACGCAGACGCGGCAGACGGACUCUACAACAUCUGUGGGCCAAACAAGGAACUGGAUGAAGAGACCUGUCAGUGUGUCUGCAAAGGGGGGCUUCAGCCUUCCAGCUGUGGACCCCACAAAGAACUAGACAGAAACUCAUGCCAGUGUGUCUGUAAAAACAAACUUUUCCCCAGUUCAUGCGGGGCCAACAGAGAAUUUGAUGAAAACACAUGCCAGUGUGUAUGUAAAAGGACCUGCCCGAGACAUCAACCCCUGAAUCCUGCAAAAUGUGCCUGUGAAUGUACAGAAAACCCACAGAAAUGCUUGUUGAAAGGAAAGAAGUUCCAACAUCAAACAUGCAGUUGUUACAGACGACCCUGUACAAAUCGACCUAAACCUUGUGAGCUGGGACUUACAUUUAGUGAAGAAGUGUGCCGCUGUGUCCCUUCAUAUUGGAAAAGACCACAUAUGAACUAGAUUGUACUGUUUUCCAGUUCGUCAUAUUUCUGUCAUGGAAAACUGUGCUGCCACAUUAGAACUGUCUGUGAACAGAGAGACCCCUGUGGGACCAUGGUAACAAAGACUAAAGUCUGUAUUCCCCGAACCAUGUGGAAAAUGUCACAGAAAUGGACUGGAUCUCGUCUGCAAAAGGCCUCUUUUAAAGACUGGUUUUAUGCCAAUGACCAAACAGUGGAGGUUUUUCUCUUGUGAUUUUUUUUUUUAAAUAAUGACUAUAUAAUUUAUUUCCACUAAAAAAUAUUGUUUCUGCAUUCAUUUUUUUAUAGCAAUAACAACUGGUAAAGCUCACUGUGAUCAAUAUUUUUAUAUCAUUGCAAAAUACGUUUAAAAUAAAAUCAAAAUUGUAUUGUAA